ACUCUUCGGAGAACGGGGCCGGGAAGGGGGCGUGUGGGUCCCCCUCUGACGGCGGCCAGGUUUGGCGUGACACACGCACACAUGGCCAAGUGGCUGCGGGACUACCUGAGCUUCGGCGGCCGGAGGCCCCCUCCGCAGCCGCCCGCCCCCGACUACACGGACAGCGACAUCCUGAGGGCCUACCGCGAGCAGAAGAAUCUGGACUUUGAGGACCCCUAUGAGGACGCGGACGGCCGCCUGGAGCCCGAGCCCGCCGGCGGCGCGGACGCCAAGGGCCUCGGAGACGCCAAGUACGACUCUCCCAAGCACCGGCUCAUCAAGGUGGAAGCCGCCGACAUGGCCAGGGCCAAGGUCCUGCUGGGCAGCCCUGCGGAGGAGUCAGAACUCGACACCGAGUACUCAGACCCCUUUGAUGCCCAGCCUCACCCACCACCUUCAGAUGACGGGUACAUGGAGCCCUACGAUGCCCAGAGGGCUGUGAGCGAACUGCCGUGCAAGGGGGUGCAGCUGUAUGACACCCCCUAUGAGGAGCAAGACCAAGAGCCAGGCAAUGGGCCCCCUUCUGGAAGGAGACCGCGCCAGAGCCGGCUGCCUCAGGAGGAUGAGCGGCCAGCGGAUGAGUACGACCAGCCCUGGGAGUGGAAGAAAGACCACAUCUCCAAGGCGUUUGCAGUGCAGUUUGACAGCCCAGAGUGGGAAAGGACCCCAGGCUCAGCCAAAGAGCUCCGGAAACCCCCAGCCAGAAGCCCCCAGCCCGCAGAGCGCGUGGACCCGGCCCUGCCCCUGGAGAAACAGCCGUGGUUCCACGGCCCGCUGAGCCGGGCCGAUGCCGAGAGCCUCCUGUCGCUCUGCAAAGAAGGCAGCUACCUCGUGCGGCUCAGCGAGACCAGUCCCCAAGACUGCUCCCUGUCCCUCAGGAGCGGCCAGGGCUUCCUGCAUCUGAAGUUCGCGCGGACCCGAGAGAACCAGUUCGUGCUGGGCCAGCACAGCGGCCCCUUCGCCAGCGUCCCGGAGCUGGUCCUCCAUUACGGCUCCCGGCCGCUGCCCGUGCAGGGCGCUGAGCAUCUGGCCCUGCUGUACCCGGUGGUCGCUCAGACCCCCUGAGCCCACGAGCCGCAGCCCCCGCUCGGCACCAGGAGGGCCCGGAGUCCCCGGCUGCAAACGCGGGAGGUCUUUCCCGUCCUGGAGGAAGCCAGCGGGAGGGACUCGCUCCCCCUCCAAGCCCUGGGCCUUCAUCAGGGCUGCCUUCUUGACACUCUCCUGGGCUCUAGGGCGCCGAAUCGUGUCUCCAAGCACGCCUCCGGCCUGGAAAAUAAAUAAGUUACUGUGUG